ACCAACAUAGACCAACCGCGUCAGACGUAGCCGAAGCGGUCGAUUCUUUACGCAAAUUCCGUAACUUCAAUCGUUUCCAUAUUUUCAUGUGAUAGUUACCCUCGCGCAAGUAUCGUCUCUGAAUAGUAUGAAGAGGAUUAGCUAGUUAGCUAGCUAAGUGACUGCCUCCUUGUAGUUUAGUCUACAUGCAGUAGCUAGCUAUUGAGGGUAUUAGGAAAAUAAAGACAGGCAGACGGAGACAGAUAAAUGCGCAUCGUUGGAGAUUAUAUCUAGAUAUAGGUAGCUGGCUAGUUGUUGAGACAGAGAGGAAAGAGGCAAGGAUUCUCGUCAGUGUGAGUGGAUCCACGUUGUGAUUGGCUUGCCAAUCUGAGUUCUGCCCUGGGAGUUGGUCCUGCCCUGUGUUGCCAUGGCGAUGCGGGAGCUUGUGGAGGCAGAAUGUGGGGCAGCCAAUCCCCUCAUGAAGCUUACCGGUCAAAUGACCCAAGAGGGCGGGGCUUGGAGGCAUAGGGCAUCACCUGCUAUACCCCCCACUCCCAUUGAGAUUGCAACUGAGGAGGAGUUGGUGAGCGAGUUUCUGCAGGCCCCUCCCCGGCCUCCUCACAGCUUCGACAUGGGCCAGCUGCUGGAGGAGAUGCAGCAGAUAGACCAGCAGAGCUACAGGCAAGCCCCACAGAGAGCUCCAGGUGUGGCGGCUCUGGCGCUAUCGGGCGAUUGGGCGGCAGAGUUUUUGAACGCCCCGGAAUCCACCGCUUCUCCCGGACAGCUGGGACUCGGUGAUGCGUCCGACUCCGAUUGGACCAGAGAGUUCAUCACUGAUGCAACAGACCCUGGCCGCUGGGCGGAGGAGUAUCUGGAGCAGUCGGAGGAGAAGCUGUGGCUGGGGGACUUGGGGGAGAAAGAGCAGGACAGAGAAUGGACACAAGAGUAUCAGCCAGGGGAGGAGCUAAAACAAACAGCCAAUGAACUUCUUGCUAAGGUCGAUGACCCCAAAUUACAAAAUACUGAAUUCCUGCGGUUCAUUAGGCAGAUUGGCGAGGGCAGUGUGACAGUGGAGGACAGAGCAGGCAAACUGAACACAGAUAGAGCUCAGGCCAAGGAGGCUCAGCACUGGGCCUCGAACAUCAACCAGUUCCUGCAGCAGACUCAGGGGGGGCCUGUGCAAGUGGAAACUCAAGAGGGCAAAGAGAAGAUUGACAAAAUUAAAGCUAAUCAUGCGCAGCAGUGGGCUACUGUCCUCAGGCAGGUGCCCGCGGAGUCUGUGGAGUCAUGGGUAGACGAGUUCACGACCUCAGGACCAGAUUUCCAGCAGGCCAAAGCGGCCGUGGAGAGCGACGUGGACUUCUGGGAGACACUGCAGCAGGAGUGGGAGGAAAUGGCCAAGCGGGACGCGGAGAGUCACCCCUGGCUGUCCGACUUCGACCAGCUGCUGAGCUCCUCCUACGACAAGGGCUACCAGUUUGAGGAGGACAACCCGUACCUUUCGCACCAGGACCCCCUGAGUGAGGGGGUACGGAGGAUGGAGGCGGGGGACAUACCAGGGGCGGUGCGGCUCUUCGAGAGCGCCGUGCAGAGAGAACCAGAAAACCAGCUGGCGUGGCAGUAUCUCGGAACUUGUCAAGCGGAAAAUGAGCAGGAAUUUGCUGCCAUCAGCGCCCUCCGCAGAUGUAUAGAGCUGAAGAAUGACAACCUGACGGCCUUGAUGGCGCUGUCCGUCAGCUUCACCAACGAAUCGCUGCACAGGCAGGCCUGUGAGACGCUGCGUGAUUGGCUGAAGCACAACCCCAAGUACGAGCACUUGCUGCAGCAGUCGGAAGGAGAGCGAGAGAAGGAUGGCGGGAGGGAGAGGGAGAAAGAGAGGGACAGGUUUGGAUCACUACUCCCAGAGUCCCUGUUCACUGAGGUACAGACUCUGUUCCUGAGCGCGGCGGCGGCCGACCCCGCCCGGGUGGACCCCCAGCUGCAGUGUGGGCUGGGGGUGCUGUUCAACCUGAGCGGAGAGUACGACAAGGCGGUGGACUGCUUCACCGCGGCCCUCUCCGUCACCCCACAGGAUUAUCUGCUGUGGAACAAACUGGGCGCCACCCUGGCAAACGGAAGCCGCUCGGAGGAGGCUGUCGCCGCCUACAGGAGGGCCCUGGAACUGCAGCCGGGCUUCGUGCGCAGCCGGUACAACCUGGGCAUCAGCUGCGUUAACCUGGGGGCUCACAGGGAGGCAGUGGAGCACUUCCUGGAGGCCCUCUCCCUGCAGAGGCAGGCGGCCGGGGAGGGCGAGGGCGGAGCCGGGCGGGGCGCCGGAGCCGCGGCCGCCAUGAUGUCGGACAACAUCUGGUCCACGCUGCGCAUGGCGCUGAGCAUGAUGGGAGAGAGCCCGCUGUACGCGGCCGCCGACCGCCGCGACCUGGACACGCUGCUGACGCACUUCGCCCGAGGGGAGGGCGAGGGGGGGCCGGACUGA